GAUGACGGACCGCUACACGAUCCACAGCCAGCUGGAGCACCUGCAGUCCAAGUACAUCGGCACGGGCCACGCGGACACGACCAAGUGGGAGUGGCUGGUGAACCAGCACCGCGACUCGUACUGCUCCUACAUGGGCCACUUCGACCUGCUCAACUACUUCGCCGUGGCCGAGGACGAGAGCAAGGCGCGCGUCCGCUUCAACCUCAUGGAGAAGAUGCUGCAGCCCUGCGGGCCCCCCGCCGACAAGCCCGACGAGGCCUGA